AUGAGGAAGAAACGCGAGAAGAAGUUAGCCGAGCACCAGGCUAAGCUAGACAAGCUGGUGUCAGUGCUGUCAUGGCCCACAGACCAGAAGCAACGGAUUGAGCGCAAGAAGUUAGGAUACGCAACUAUAGAUGAGUUCAACCUGGCGUUAGACGAAGAAAGGGAGACAGUGAG